UAAAUUUGGCACCUCAACAAAUCACCUAAAUUUUGUUCACCUCAACACCCAAUGUAUAUAUGCAUUUUAAACCGUGGAUAAAUUAAUAAAUGACCAACGACGAAACACGUGUCCGUCACUAGGAGCGGGUCUACGAUCAUAAACCACAUCAACAACAACAAGCUACAUCACUCUCUUCAACCAUUCUUUUUCUGCUUCAAAUUUCACUGUUUCCUCUCCUUCAUGGCGGAACACGGUAGAGUAAAUCCAAUUAUUCAACUUUUCACUCUAAAUUCACAACAUUGAAUAACCCCUUUUCCCCUAACAAAUUUCUCGCUGCUGGAUCCAACAAUGGGUGUCGAUUCGAAUUUGGGAGGCUCUCCAUCUUCCUCUUCACCUAGUGGCAAACGCACCAGAGACCCCGAAGAGGAAGUUUAUGUCGACAAUCUUCGCUCUCACAAACGUUACCUAAGCGAGAUAAUGGCGUCGAGUCUUAAUGGAUUGACAGUUGGAGAUUCACUUCCCGAUAAUCUUAUGGAAUCUCCGGCAAGGUCUGAAAGUGCAUUCUCUCUCAGGGAUGAUAUUUCUUUACAAUAUUCGCCGAUGUCAGAAGACUCAGACGACUCAAGGUUUUGCGAGACCGCAGCGCAUAGUUGUUUAACCCAUCUGGAUAGCCGUCCAAGUAGUCCAGUUUCUCCUUGCAGAUACCAAAGGCCACAAAACACAUUUUCUUCAGCGCCUUCCACAAGUUUAAAUGCUUCUCAUGGCUUUCCAGUCUCAGCAGUUACUUGCUCCCAGCCUCGUCAACGAAGCUCAGACUCCGAUGGCCGCUUCCCAUCAUCUCCGAGCGAUAUAUGCCACUCAGCUGACUUAAGAAGAGCUGCACUUCUAAGAUCUGUGCAGAUGAGAACACACCCUCCUGGCUCUGCAUCAUUGGAGCUGCCAUUUGGUUCUGGUCAAGAGCCUGCGCCUAAUAUAGAUUCUGAGGAAAGGCCAUGCUCAUACAUGAAAUCUCUGGUUGACGAGAGAGAUUAUCAGAUUGAAGAGUGUUUACCGAUAGGUGUUCCCGAAACCGAGUUUAACCAUGACAAUAAGCCUUGCAGAAUCUUAAAUAUGAAUCCAAAAGCAGCUGAUUCAGGAGGUUAGUUACUAACUGAUAUGGGAAUGUGAUAGUUCUGAACUAAAAGAAAUGUCUAGUGUUUAAUCUUAUUGGAAUGUAUCCUCUCACUACACCAUUCUUUACCUUCAGCAAAUGUUCACAAUGUUUUAAAAAUCGACUCAAAAAUCGAUAGCCAUGAAUUUGGUAACAGAUCACGUAGCCAUUUAUCGAUUUGCAUGACUGAAUCAGAUGAUUCAAUUAUAUCACUCGGUCUCGAUAGAAAAUUUGUCUUUGUAUUUUAGAUUAUCUGGUCUCUAAAAAGUUCAUGACAUUAUGCGGAGAAAAACAAAUCACUGCACAAACAAAGAUGAACUCAGUGAAAAAUUAGUUUAAAAGUUUCAUGAUACAUUAAAACUUAGUCUUAAUAAUUUCUAGGAAAAAUUAUUUUCAAAACAUGAUUAAAAGUUUUUUGAAGACUUCCAAA